GGCGGCAUUAAUGUUGCUCCGGUUGCCUGAGAUCCUGGACCCAUCCAUUGGGGCUGUUGAGGAUUAAAGACCCUGAAGCAGUCGCCCAAGGGACCUGCGGGCCCUCCAGUCGGGAACCAGAGCCAGGCCUCCGCGCACUGGCCUGCGCACACCCAAAGGUGCCUAUUUCAGGGGAGAGCAGCGGCUGACCCCCAGUGGCACCCACGCCCCUGUGACAGCCCUGCCAGGGCUCAAGCCACCUGAACCAGCUGGUGUCAUGGAGCCUCCAGGCGAGAAGCCGGGAGAGGCGGAUGGGCCGCGCAUCACGCCCCAGCUGCUGAAGUCACACACGGGUGAGUUCGCCCUGGAGUCCAUCCUGCUGCUGAAGCUGCAAGGCCUGGGGCUGGCCGACCUGGGCUGCUUGGGAGAGUGCCUGGGCCUUGAGUGGCUGGACCUGUCGGGCAACGCGCUUACCCAGCUGGGCCCGCUGGCCUCCUUGCGCCAGCUGACUGUGCUGAACGUCUCCAACAAUCGGCUGACCAGCCUGGAGCCGCUGGCCGCCUGCGAGAACCUGCAGAGUCUCAACGCCGCAGGCAACCUGCUGGCCACCCCUGGCCAGCUGCUGUGCCUGGCCGGGCUGCGGAGCCUGGAGUACCUGCGCCUCCGGGACCCUUUGGCCCGUCUCAGCAACCCGCUGUGUGCCAGCCCAUCCUACUGGGCCACGGUCCAGGAGCUGCUGCCCGGCCUGAAAGUCAUCGAUGGGGAGCGCGUGAGUGGCCGUGGCAGUGAGCUCUACCAGCUGUGCCGGGACCUGGACAGCUCUCUGCGCCCCAGCUCCAGCCCUGGCCCUAGAGCCACAGAGGCCCAGCCCUGGGUGGAGCCCGGGUACUGGGAGUCCUGGCCUUCCCGGAGCAGCUCCAUCCUGGAGGAGGCUUGCAGGCAGUUCCAGGACACGCUGCAGGAGUGCUAUGACCUGGACCGGCAGGCCAGUGACAGCCUGGCCCGGGCCGAGCAGGCCCUCAGCCCGGAGGGCUCUGCCUCUUCUUUUGUCUUCUGAAUGUGCCCUGUGGCCCCGAUGCCUGCAUUGCCUUUCUUCGCUUCUGCAUGCUGGCCCUCACGCUGGUCACGGACCCUACAUGCUCAGCUGCGGGUUCAUCCGUCCUUACCUCGAGAGCCUCCCCUCCCCCCCUCUCCCCUCCAGCACGCUUCCCCACCCUCACUGCACAAGGGGCAGGACGCAACUCCCAGGCAGCUCCUAGCGGGUUUAGGGUGCUCCUGGGCAGCUGGCACAUACGCCGUGAGAGCCCACUCAGCCCACUCCUGGCUGCCAGGAGACUCGGCGCACAGGCUUGCUUCUGCUUAAGGCUGCAGUGGGGAAGCAGCAGUGGCCAGCCAGCCCUGCAGAGCCCAGACAGGGUGGCAGCUAGAACACACCGCCCUCCACGCCUGCCCCUGCAGCAGACAAGUGCCCCAUGCCCAGGCCUCUGCUUCCCUGGUGCCUUUGCUGCACUCUCCCCAGCUCCAUUAAACAGCUCGGAAUUUGUCCCGAUGCCUGGGCUGCAGGGCCUCGGCCUCCGGUCCUGCACAAGAGCUCCUCUUGCCUUACGUGCGCCUGUCGGCCUCCCACGUG